AUGCUAGAAAUUUCUCUCCCAAACUACCCCGACUUCUCUACACAAGCAUUUCUCGACCAUCGCCCCACGGACUGGAAGCCCCUCGCAGAAGUCGUCGCAGGUGUUACGGACACCGGACCUACCUUCAAGAACCUGCUUCCGCUGAAAGCUGCUGGAGAUACUUGCAAGAACGAAAAUCUACCGCUGCUAGGCCCUGGAGACCGCAACAAGAUACCGAUGGCAGGGUCCGCCGAGGCUAUCCAUUCAUGCUCGGUAGAGUCCGCUUCGGAUUGGGUCAGUUCUCCUGUACACUACGAGCGAAACUUCUGCACCCCAAGUUCGCGUCUGCCGAGCCUCCUUGAUGGCAAUCACAAGACUAAGCGCCCACUUGGUUAA